ACGCCGGGAAAAAAAUCGGACAGAGUUGACAAUGAAAGGUGUGCAGAUAACUUGAUUUCGCUGCCAAUUGAAUUCAAUCAUAGAGAAACAUGAGUUACAGAAGUAGGGGAAUGAAAAUACCAAAGGGAGGUUUACGCACUGCGAGUUGAUCAGUCCAAAACAUAUGACUAAGUUAAUCACGGGGCGGGAAGAGAGAAAAGAAUCGAGAGGGUGUUCACAUGAGCCUGAAUUUCGGGAUGGGACUUAUGAAGAUGUUAUUGUGACAAUGUGACUGCAUUAAAAGGUUCUAUAUGAUUUUGGGAUAAGAAUGUUUACUAGAAUAUAAAAUGCUUGAUUUUGCAGGUUUGUGGUUUCAGAAUUCAGGACCUGACCCGGACAAUGGGACCAUCACUAUCACACACUGGUAUUGGCAUGACCAAAGAGGAGCUUAUAGAUUGUUUGGGAACUAUUGCUCAGAGUGGUACUUCAAAAAUCUUAGCUGCUCUCAAGGAAAACAAGGAUGUUGGAGCCGAUAAUGCUUUGAUUGGUCAAUUUGGUGUUGGGUUCUGCUCAGCAUUUUUGGUUGCUGAGAAGGUAGUUGUCUCUGCUAAGAGCCCAAAGUCCGAUAAACAGUACAUUUGGGAAGCAUUAGCAGAAAGUAGUAAAUACGUGAUUAAGGAAGAAACGGAUCCUGAGAAAUUGUUGCGUCGGGGAACCCAAAUCACGCUUUAUUUAAGGUCGGAUGACAAGUAUGAAUACACGGAACCAACCAAGAUUCAGAAUCUGGAAAACUACUCACAAUUUCUUUCCUUCCCCAUCUACACAUGGCAAGAAAAGUCGAGGACUAUUAAGUAGCCUGCCGGACUCGUU